UCCUCCCUGCAGCCCCCCGGGAUGCAGUAGCGGCCGCUGUGCGGAGGCCGCGAAGCAGCUGCAGCCGCCGGCGCGCCAGACCCACGCUGGCUCCGUGCGCCAUGGUCACCCACAGCAAGUUUCCCGCCGCCGGGAUGAGCCGCCCCCUGGACACCAGCCUGCGCCUCAAGACCUUCAGCUCCAAGAGCGAGUACCAGAUGGUGGUGAACGCGGUGCGCAAGCUGCAGGAGAGCGGCUUCUACUGGAGCGCGGUGACCGGCGGCGAGGCCAACCUGCUGCUCAGCGCCGAGCCCGCCGGCACCUUCCUCAUCCGCGACAGCUCCGACCAGCGCCACUUCUUCACGCUCAGCGUCAAGACGCAGUCGGGGACCAAGAACCUGCGCAUCCAGUGCGAGGAAGGCAGCUUCUCUCUGCAGAGCGACCCCCGGAGCACGCAGCCCGUGCCCCGCUUCGACUGCGUGCUCAAGCUGGUGCACCACUACAUGCCGCCCCCCGGGGCCCCCUCCCUCCCCUCGCCGCCGACAGAACCCUCCUCCGACGUGCCCGAGCAGCCGCCCGCCCAGCCGCCCCCGGGGAGCCCCCCCAGGAGAGCUUACUACAUCUACUCGGGGGGCGAAAAGAUCCCCCUGGUGUUGAGCCGGCCUCUCUCCUCCAACGUGGCCACCCUCCAGCACCUCUGUCGGAAGACCGUCAACGGCCACCUGGACUCCUAUGAGAAGGUCACCCAGCUGCCCGGGCCCAUCCGGGAGUUCCUGGACCAGUACGACGCCCCGCUCUAGAGCUCAAAGGGCAGGGGUCGAGAGAGGGGCCCGGGUCCCUCCGAGACACAUGGCAAGCACA